CCAGGCCCCGGGCAGCAGAGGCCAGAAAUAACCACCGGGGCAAGCGCCAGCCCCGGGCGACCGCGGGAUGGAGCGCGCGUAACCGCCGGCGCGACGCAUCCAGUGCUUACUUGUACACCGGCCCCCACGAGCGGGGACCCACUCGCAGCCCCCAACCCUCUCUCGACGCGCGCGCGCACGCCACCGAUCUCGAUCGACGACAACGAUGCAGGCGGUGAGGCCGGCUGCGCGGGAGGAGGAGGCGCAGGAGGUCCGGGAGGUGGUCAAGGAGGAGGCGCCCCAGGAGAAGGAGGUGGCCGUGGUCGGGGAACACCACCAUCACCAGCAGCAAAGCAAGGCCAAGGGCUCCCAGGCCGCCGCCGCCGAGGAGGAGGAGGAGCUGGUGGACGUGGAGGCGGACCAGGCGGAGGCGGACGGCGAGGCCGAGGCGGGGGCGUCCGCCAAGAAGAACCGGAUCCAGGUCUCCACCAACAAGAAGCCGCUCUACUUCUACGUCAACCUCGCCAAGAGGUACAUGCAGAACUACGAUGAGGUUGAACUCUCGGCUCUGGGGAUGGCAAUUGGAACUGUUGUGACUGUUUCUGAGAUCCUCAAAAACAAUGGCUUGGCCACUGAAAAGAAGAUCCUGACAUCAACCAUUGGAACCAAAGAUGAGUUAAAGGGGCGACUCGUCCGUAAAGCCAAAAUUGAAAUUCUACUGUGUAAAUCAGAGAACUUCAACAGCAUCAUGUCCAGCAAAAAAUCUCCGAAAUCCGCAGACGACGAAAUCAAGGUCUGAUCAUGUCCACGGGAAGUUGAUACCAUCCUGUUUGAGACAGUGAGAGGCGGCACCAAUCUGAUCCAGUAGUAAUUAGGGUACCUUAGUCCUUGUUAAGGAGUGAUGGUUCAUAUCUUUGUGAGGAAGAUGUUUCCUGUCACCCCUUAAUUACUGCUCUGGUGUUCCAGCUGAAACCUGCAAAAAUUGCAACACCUUGCAACUGCAUCCGUAUGAGAUGAUGAUGAUGAAAUGCAUUUAGAAUCUCGGCCUUUUGAGGCUGGGGCUAGUAUUCCUAAAAGCACCUCAGUUUUCAGUUUGUUGUACCUUUUGCUUAUGAAUUGAAGCAUUUGGACGUGGAGAUGAUCGGUACUAUAAUCAAUGGCUAAGGUUUUGUAAUUUAAAAUUCAUGUCGUGUUUGGGUAA